AUUUUGGAUAUUCUGCAAUAUUCAACUAUUCCCAAUAUGCCACACACUGGACAAGCGGGCGUUAAUCAACUCGGAGGGGUUUUUGUCAACGGCAGACCUUUACCAGACUGUGUAAGAAGAAGAAUUGUCGAAUUGGCAUUACUGGGAGUGAGACCAUGUGAUAUUUCAAGGCAACUUUUAGUAUCACACGGUUGCGUUUCUAAAAUUUUAACUAGAUUUUAUGAAACUGGAUCGAUUAGGCCGGGAUCCAUUGGAGGCUCCAAAACUAAGCAAGUAGCUACUCCAACAGUUGUCAAAAAAAUUCUGCGAUUCAAACAAGAAAAUCCCGGAAUGUUUGCAUGGGAAAUACGAGAACAACUUAUAUCCCAAAGGAUAUGCGAACCCCACAAUAUCCCGUCAGUUAGUUCAGUAAAUCGCAUUUUGAGGAACAGCGGCGUUUGGCCGGAUCCUUCAUCGGAUAUGUUACAUCAUAGAGUCACUCAUCCUUCAGAUAUAGGAAGCGAAAUUUACUCCAAAGCCGUAUCACCUACUGCAACACCAAUACCUUAUUAUCCCACCCUAAACGACCCUUCUUUAACAACAACCAACCGAUACUCCUCCCUUCAACGCCAAUUACACAUAGCCACCACCUCUCCUUUAGAUAUUUCUCCUUCAACUAACUGGUCGAAUCUGAUUGUUCCUUAUCAAACUUCUACAACCAAAGAAACUUCUCCUUACGUGGAUGAAAACAGAAAGGAUAUUUCCGCGACGGACACAGAACAAAGAGAACCGAAAAAGAAAAACCCUUAUUCGAUAGAGGAGCUAUUGAAGAAACCUGUCACGAGGGUGAAACCUUUUAAUUUUAGUUGUACUGGAGUUCAUCAACCUUAUGGGGGAUUAGUUCAUAAUGAAGAAAUUAAUGUUUAUCAUAGUGAAAGUGAUAGUGAACAAGAACAAGAUAUUAAAAUAGAGGUAGUUUAA